CUGGCUCCUCGGGGCCCCUGAUGUACCUGCUGCUGCCCGCCUCUCGGCUCUGAAGGGCUCCCCGCGCCUCCGCUCUCUCCAUCUGCCGCGGUGAUGUGGGCUGCAGCGGCUGCCUCUCUGGGUCUGGCCGCCCUCCUGGGCGCCCUGGUCGGGGUGCCUGCGGGCUCGGCGGCCCAGCAGUACCACGGGGAGAAGGGCAUCUCGGUGCCGGACCACGGCUUCUGCCAGCCCAUCUCCAUCCCGCUGUGCACCGACAUCGCCUACAACCAAACUAUCCUGCCCAACCUGCUGGGCCACACCAACCAGGAGGACGCCGGGCUGGAGGUGCACCAGUUCUACCCGCUGGUCAAGGUGCAGUGCUCGGCCGAGCUCAAGUUCUUCCUGUGCUCCAUGUACGCGCCGGUGUGCACGGUGCUGGAGCAGGCCAUCCCGCCCUGUCGCUCCCUGUGCGAGCGGGCCCGCCAGGGCUGCGAGGCGCUCAUGAACAAGUUCGGCUUCCAGUGGCCAGAGCGCCUGCGCUGCGAGAACUUCCCUGUGCACGGCGCGGGCGAGAUCUGCGUGGGACAGAACACCUCGGAGGCCCCCAGCCGAGCAGGGACAGGGGCCGGCGGUCCCACCGCCUACCCGACCCCUUACCUGCCCGGCCUCCUCACCCCGCCGCCGCCCCACGCCGGCUUCGGCUUCUCCUGCCCCCGGCAGCUCCAGGUGCCACCUUACCUGGGCUACCGCUUCCUGGGGGAGCGGGAUUGCGGAGCGCCCUGCGAGCCUGGCCGCCCCCACGGGCUGAUGUACUUCAAGGAGGCGGAGGUGCGUUUCGCCCGGCUGUGGGUGGGCGUCUGGUCGGUGCUGUGCUGCGCCUCCACCCUGUUCACCGUGAUGACCUACUUGGUGGACAUGGGGCGCUUCAGCUACCCGGAGCGGCCCAUCAUCUUCCUCUCGGGCUGCUACUUCAUGGUAGCCGUGGCCCACGUGGCCGGCUUCCUGCUGGAGGAGCGGGCGGUGUGCGUGGAGCGCUUUUCGGAGGAGGGCUACCGCACCGUGGCGCAGGGCACCAAGAAGGAAGGCUGCACCAUCCUCUUCAUGAUCCUCUACUUCUUCGGCAUGGCCAGCUCCAUCUGGUGGGUGAUCCUGUCCCUCACCUGGUUCCUGGCCGCCGGCAUGAAGUGGGGCCACGAGGCUAUCGAGGCUAACUCGCAGUACUUCCACCUGGCCGCCUGGGCCGUGCCGGCCGUCAAGACCAUCACCAUCCUGGCCAUGGGGCAGGUGGACGGGGACGUGCUGAGCGGGGUCUGCUACGUGGGCCUCUCCAGCGUGGACUCGCUGCGGGGCUUCGUGCUGGCCCCGCUCUUCAUCUACCUCUUCAUUGGCACCUCCUUCCUGCUGGCCGGCUUCGUCUCCCUCUUCCGCAUCCGCACCAUCAUGAAGCACGACGGCAGCAAGACGGAGAAGCUGGAGAAGUUGAUGGUGAGGAUCGGGGUCUUCAGCGUGCUGUACACCGUGCCCGCCACCAUCGUCCUGGCCUGCUACUUCUACGAGCAGGCAUUCCGCGAGACCUGGGAAAAGACUUGGCUGCUGCAGACCUGCAAGAGCUACGCCGUGCCCUGCCCCGGCCACUUCGCCCCCAUGAGCCCGGAUUUCACCGUCUUCAUGAUCAAGUAUCUCAUGACUAUGAUCGUAGGCAUCACCACCGGCUUCUGGAUCUGGUCCGGCAAAACCCUUCAGUCCUGGCGGCGCUUCUACCAUAGACUCAGCAGUGGCAGCAAAGGGGAGACAGCGGUAUGAUGAGACCUUGCUCCUCUUCCCUGAUGCCGGCUGCUGCUGCUCCUGGAAAAGCCACGCAAACACCAGAGUGACCCUCAAAGGACUGGGAGAGGGCUGCCAGGGGUCUCACAACUCUGCCUUGCCGAAGACAAAAUCCUCAGACAGUGGCUUGGUGGCUUUCUUGCCAACCAAAUUGAAAAGCACAGACUAAGGACCCUUCUCAGACUGCUGGUGGGGAGCGCUUUCCCUGCAAGAAGUUCCCUUUCUACAAAAUAAUUACUGUAGUGUCUGCGCAAAGGUUCAGCUGGAUCCACUGUGCUGUGACCGGUGUAAAAGUGUGGGCCAAUGAAACUUUGAGUCAAGAACUGGUCCAAUCAUUGUUUACUUCGGUGGGGUCAUACUGCAGCCGAUAUCGGCUUAAUUUCCUGAAUUCUAUUUUACUGUCUUCUCAUUCAAACCCAGAGUCAUCACGUGAGUAUUUUAAAAGAAGCUCCCAGUUAUAAUCACGUGCUGUUUAGCGUCCCAUAUUCUGUCAUAUAGAGGGGGUUGCUUUUAUAUCUAACCAUCACUCGUCAAAGAGAAUCCUAACUGGAGUGGAGGGAACCUUGUUGUUUAGGAGGGAGUUGCUAUUCAAUACCCUAAAAAGAUAGACCUUGCCAAACAUCCCCCCACCCCACCCCUGCCUUUGUUAUAGGAAACAAAAGAGGAAACAAAAGUGUUUUUCUCUGUGGAAAGGUAUAAGCAUGAGGCUGGUUUUUAUGGGCAAACUAACAAAAAAGUCGUUAAAAUUCAACCUUGGAUGUGACUAGAACAGGUCGAUAAACAUUCUUUUUAUGAAAAAGGAGACGGCAGGAUGUUUUCCUACACUGUUCAGUAUGAGUUUUUGUCCUAGCUAAAAGAAAUGCCAGACUGCUUGUUAAACACGCUUAAUUCAGAACACCUGACAAAACAGGCUGCAUUAAGAUAUGUAAGAUAAGUAUAUACAAUUUUUCUCUUCCUUCCCAUAAGCCUUAUUUCUUUGCUGUUUAUGUUUGGAUUGCUCUAGGGUGUACUGAAAAAGCAAAGUGACUGGAUGGGAGGGAAUAGUUGAGACCAUGAAGUGCCAAUUUGCCUUGUCCUCUAAUUCCCUAAACAGCACUAUAACUAAUAAUGGUGCAGUGCUGUUUAAGAUGGAACUGGUCACCUUUGUUUAGGCACUUUCUGAACAGAAGUGCAAAGACUUAAGUUCCCAAUGAUCAUAUCUGAAACGUUGUCAGAGAAGGGAAACUGAAUAAGGAGAAAUUAAACUUCACAGUUGUUCAUAUUCCUUGUGAUAUGUGACCAGUGACUUCUUUCAAACUCUUUAAUCAUGUUACAUUUAUGUGUUAAAUUAUAGGUUGACUUUCAUAUUUUUAUUUCUGAAAUACUACUUUAUAGCUUUAUGAUCUAAAGAGUUUUUUAUUUUUGCCUAAAGAAUAAUCAGGGAAUUAAGGAUUUUUAACAAGCCCUGCCCCCUAACUCAAUCUCCCCAAGUCUGUAACUGCUGCUUAUAAUAAAAAGCAGAUAUCUGAAAUGAAAUUUUAAAAACUGUUCAGGGUGAAGAGAACAGAGUGCUUUUGUCUAGUGGGCAAUACAGUAGCUUGGGGUUGGUGGAGUAGGAAAUAUCCCAUCAGUCAAAUCCUCCAGUACAUUUGAUCCCAAAUUCAUAGGAUUUGUUUGGUCUUUAGAGAUGUGCACAUGAAAAACUGUAAGACAAGUGCAGUAUGUACAUUUUGUAAAUGUCACAUUUUGUAAGAAAAUAUAUAUGUAUUUAUACAUUUUUUACUUGAUUUUUUUGUUUAAUUUUGGAAGGCCCGAAGGAGGCCACACUUCAUCACAUGU